UAGCGCGCUCGAAUAAGCGCAUCCAGCUCAGCUCUGCGCUUACACACCCGCCAAUGAAAAUGCACGCUUGGAUCAAGAGGAAAGGGAAAGCUAGGAGAUCAUGGGCCACGUUAGAGUGAUAUCAAUCCCCGCCAAAGAGAACAACAGAGGUUGACGGCUCCCCUAAAUCCAGUCACAUUAGCCAGUCACCUGAAAACGUGAUUGAUGUGGGUGUGGAAGGGCGUGUGCUUUUCUAGGAGUGAAAGUGGAAUUUGACAGUCCCACAGAGACGUUGAUGGCAAUGAAUGGGCAGACGAGAAACAUCAUCACCCAGCAUACCUAAUGCGUCCUUCAUACUAGAUCAAGAGCAGAGUACAGGUAGCCGCGCGCGGAAGGUGCAUCUACACACCUGUGACCAACUGAAUAUUUUACCGACUGUUUGGCUCCGCUGCCAAAUGCUCUGUGCGCGAGAUACUGUCUGCCUUCCUUGGACUGCUGACUGUAUGCACAGGCUCUUCGUGACUUUUAUACCUGUUUUUACCAGACUUUAACAUACUGACACACACUUUCUUGAAGAUAAUAAUUCUGAAGACAGAGGAUCUUGAAAAACGUAUCAAGGAUGGACAGCAGUCCUGGGGGUGUGAUACUCUACGCUGGUAGCAAUGGCAGUGCCAGUCCAAGCCCAGGAAGCCCCUCUAGUGGCUAUCAAACCCAGUCUCCAUCUUCUCAUUCCCAGCCCUCUUCCCCAGAGGAUUUCACCUUCACUGAGAUUGGGGCCCUCAAGCAGCAAGGAAGUAUGGGUAUGUCACCUUCUCCAAAACUGGUAUUUCAGUUCCCUGAAGUCUACAACAACUCUACUGCAGGUUCAAACCCGCACAGCUACUCCCAUCCUUUCGCCGCUAAAAGGCCUUGUGGAUACACUGGCACAUUUACCAAGACUGGAGGCAUGGUGCUCCUUUGUAAAGUAUGUGGAGAUAUCGCAUCAGGGUUCCACUAUGGUGUCCAUGCAUGUGAAGGCUGCAAGGGCUUUUUCCGCCGCAGCAUUCAGCAGAACAUUAACUACAAGAUGUGCGUGAAGAACGAGAACUGCAUGAUAAUGCGAAUGAACCGCAACCGCUGCCAACACUGCCGCUUCAAAAAAUGCCUGGCUGUCGGCAUGUCCCGUGACGCUGUGCGUUUUGGCCGCAUUCCAAAACGAGAGAAACAGCGGCUUUUGGAUGAGAUGCAGAGCUACAUGAAUAGCCUCAACGAAUCGUCCUCCAUGGGCAUGGAAACCUCCCCACCUCUCGAAACACCUCCCAGCCCCAGCGAGAACCAAUCCAAAGAGGCCUUAUCCCGAGCCUACCAGGACAUCUUCACAAACACACAGGACCACCUGAGUAGGCGUGCGGGCAACAUGAACACCAGCAGUGGAUCGAGCACCUUUCAAAACAGCCCUUCUCAGGACAGCAACUAUCCUCACGUGAACUCUCUCGUGGGAUUUCAUGCAACUACUCCGCCUCGCUGCCCAGGUGCUUCCAGCAACAGCAAAUGCCCGGUCUCAUUGGUGGACAGUAAUCGGUACAGCUACGCUCCUUCAUUCAGCCAAAAUCACUCCCAGUCUAGAAUCAGCCAGCCCUCACAACCUACACAAGCCGAUUACAACAUCUAUGCGGCUGGCGAGUCCCAAAGCCAGGCCUCGUGUCCGUUUAAGUUGGCUGCUGGCUCUAAAGUGCUGGCCUGUCCACUGAACACAUGUCCUGUGUCAGCACCUGGAGUCUCCAGUCAGCAGGUGUGGGAGUCUUUCUCACAGUGCUUCACACCGGCUGUACGUGAAGUGGUCGAGUUCGCCAAGGGCAUUCCAGGCUUCCAGGAGCUUUGCCAGCAUGAUCAAGUCAUGUUGCUCAAAGCAGGCACUUUCCAGGUGCUUAUGGUGAGGUUUUGCUCACUGUUCAACCACAAAGAAAGAACAGUGACUUUCCUGAAUGGGCAGACGUACCCGCUGGUCACCCUUAGGGGUCUUGGCAUGGGCUCCUUGCUGAACACCAUGUUUGAGUUCAGUUCCAAGCUGAGCUCUCUGGGCCUAGAGUCAGAUGAGAUGGCUCUCUUUAUGGCUGUGGUUCUGGUUUCUGCAGAUUGCUCUGGCAUUUUGGAUACAGUAGCUGUGGAGCAGUUACAGGAAGGACUCAUCCGAGCGCUGCGCACCUUAGUUACCCGUCGCCGCCCUGAUGACAACUCUAUUUUUCCCAAACUGCUCCUGCGCCUGCCUGACCUGCGCACCCUCAACAACCUUCACUCCGACAAACUGCUGGCCUUCCGUAUCGAUCCCUGAGCAAUCGGUUGCUGCAUCUGGAACUCAACCAAAGGCCAAUCAGAGGACACCUUUCCUGGUUAAGAGAAAGACUGCUCAUUUAGAAGAAGAUAUGUGGAGCAUGUUCCCAUAGGAACCACUUGUUAUUAUGUGUGUUAAUGAGAAACACAAUGAACAGAUGGCUCUCAGCAAGCUCUAAACAAGACUAUAUCUCCAUUUAAGCUUUCACAGAUUAUUUUCAUACAUGCUUUGCCCUUCUGUUCAGCUCGCCUUGAGAGCAUUGUUGAUUAUAUUUAUCCAAGGGAAAGUUGCACCAGUCGUAUUAUCAUAAAUAAGCUUACACAGAAUGUUUGAAGACCAAAAAUGGGUCAUUCCUGUGUACUGCCUACACAUUGAAGCACACAGUCUUUAGUCAAGAACACCAUGUAUACAAUAGAAACGUAAUUUUAGAGACCAUUUAAAGCCAAUUGUAUGAGUGAAUGUGCCUAUGUGUUCGAGAAAGGGACAGAAAUACCAUGUACAUAAGCCAUAGAUUUCACUUAUAUAGUUACCUCACAUUAAAACUUCAGUUUGAGACAAUUACACAAGAUUUACUGUAUCGACAACAACUCUAGUUACCAUUUAAGUUCUUUGAAAAUGAAAAGAAACUGAUUUUAAAUGUAAUUUAUGGAUAAAUCUGUCAUACUGUAUCUGUUCGUUAUUUAUCAUUGUCAAGCUGAAUACAGAAUUUCAUUAACUAUAUUUCCACACAUUCUCAUCUAUUAAUAGGCUAAAUCUGAAUCAAGGAAUACAAAACCAGCACUCUCCCCUACGCGUAUUAUGUUAGUAGUUUUCUGUUGUUUUCUUACUGUAAGUAUUGUACAUUUACACUGAUUUAACUGCCUGUUCAGAGACAGAGGGAUACCCAGUGGUGUGUUUGACUGAGACGGGGCGUUUGGUGCUUUGUAAGCAUUGUGUGUGUCGUGAGAAAGAGUCCCUGAACUUCUGGAACCAGCACAGAAUCAUUACAGCCUUUAUUAAGAUCACAAAGCAUGUCAAAAAGGCAUUUUGGGCUGCCAUGUGGUUGAUUUGAUCAGCUGAGUCUAUUAUUAUUAUGGAUGGUAAAUUCAUGUUAUUCAAUCAUAUUGUAAUGUAUAUUUUGUAAAUUCUUUUCUUCUGUAGAACCAAUAUAAAUACAAGAUUAUCUA